AUGGCGUUAAAUUUGCUUGUUUUGGUGUCAAUUAUUUAUUGUACUAGUGCAUAUGUUACGGUUAAUGUCUAUGAAGAAGGCCAAGAUACUUUAAGCCAAGAAUUCAGCCACUGUGAGUACCACGAUUGCGACAAUUUCUGCAAACGUCUAGGGUACCAAAGCGGUACAUGUGUGGACGGCCACUGCAAAUGUAAUCACAAACAGGCCGCCGAUGCUAUAAUAUUGAAGGAAUGCACCCCCGCAACAUGUAAUCAGCUGUGUCGACGCAUGGGAUUCCCUGGUGGUGAUUGUAUAAAUAAUAGAUGCGAAUGUCAAAAACUCGUCGACAAACUUGAGACCGAUUCAUCAAGUCUACGAAGUUGCAAUUUUCGGGAAUGCGAGCAACGUUGUAGACGGCUUGGUUUCCGGGGUGGUGCGUGUGUGGGUGACAGAUGCAAGUGCGACAACUUCCGCGCAUCGGAAAGCAUUGCAGAUACUGAAAAUAAUAAUGAUUUAACCUUCGACGCCGGAGAUAUGGACGUAAAUCAACUGCGUAGUUGCAAUUUACGGGCAUGCGAGCAAUUUUGUAGACGGCUUGGUUUCCGGGGUGGUGCGUGUGUGGGUGACAGAUGCAAGUGCGACAACUUCCGCCCAUCGGAAAGCAUUGCAGAUACUGAAAAUAAUAAUGAUUUAACCUUCGACGCCGGAGAUAUGGACGUAAAUCAACUGCGUAGUUGCAAUUUACGGGCAUGCGAGCAACUUUGUAGACGGCUUGGAUUCCGGGGUGGUGCGUGUGUGGGUGACAGAUGCAAGUGCGACAACUUCCGCGCAUCGGAAAGCAUUGCAGAUGAGUACUCUGAGGUUGCAAGUACCCUACGUGAUUGCAAUUAUCAGGAAUGUGACCAAAGAUGUCGUCGUCUAGGAUUCCCAGGAGGUGCAUGUGUAGGAAGCAGAUGCAAAUGUGAUAAUUUCCGUAGUACGCAGUUUAGCAGAGAUAUUAGUCUAGAUUCAGCUAAAAUCAAUACUGAAUAUCGCAGUUGUAAUUACCGUGAGUGCGACAGACGUUGCCGUCGCCUGAAAUUUCCCGGCGGGGCUUGCGUAAAUAACCAAUGCAAAUGCUACAAUUUCCGACAACUGUUGAGCAAUGAAGAAUCUUUAGCAACCAAUACAACAGACAAUCCACUUGAGAAUGACGUUAAAUGUGACUCAACACAGUGUAAAACGAGUUGCAGUGAGCGUGGUCUACGCAAUGGCAUUUGUAUUGAGAAGGAAUGUUACUGUGACAUGGAAGAUGCAGAGACAUCUUCACUACCUUGUGAACCACAUGCUUGCAACGUUAGUUGUCAGAUUAAGAAGCGCAUUGGUGGAUUCUGCUUACUUGGAAAGUGUAAUUGUUAUUAA